AUUUUUUUUCAGGCACUGUUACUUUUCCAACGUUACGCACGCACCGUUAUCAUUGUUCGACAGUGGAUUUCUCUCAUCAAAGAGACGAAUAGCCAACAUAACUGGGACCAGGAACUCAAGUCGUUCAUCGAUAUGACAAUGGAAAUCGAACAAUGCACGCAGACAAAAGCUUAGAGACAACUCGGGACUGGAAUUCGACAAAAAUAACUUCAAAGCCAAUAAAGAGAUUUCACUGAGCUCUGAGGUUCGUCACAUACUGUCACUUAAACCAGAGACGAGAACAGCAGACAUGUUAAAACAGGUAUUGCAUGGUUUACAGACAUUGCAGUCAUUGAGCGAGUACCCACUACGGACACAGAAGAAGCUAUGCAGAGUGGCUUGGUAUCAAAGGGUGGAUUCUAAGAAGGCAAUCAUACGAGAGGGCCACCAUCCUGAAUGUUUCUACUUUAUCUUAUCGGGCAUCUGUUUCGUGAAAAGACUGACAGAGGAUCCUCUCACGGGAGACAUUCAGAACGUCUGCAUGGCAAGGCUAUCUAAAGGACAAAGUUUUGGAGAGCUGGGUUUAGUGUUUAAUACUGUUAGAACUGCUACAGUGGAAAGUGUCACACCCAUGGAGCUACUGGUCAUACGGAGAGAAGACUUUCUGACCAUAUUCAUGAAUGCCGACAAUCCAGACGAAGAGGCGGACCACAUACGAUUUUUGAGACAAAUCCCUCUGUUUAAAUCGUUUCCGAUUGAUGCCUUGAAGAAAGAACCGGGGAUGUGUUUACUCAACUACUUCAAACGAGGAAAUGUAAUCGUAGAAAACAGUCAAUGUAGCGAUUGGUUGUAUAUUAUUAAGACGGGGUCUUGUGAAGUAAUUCAGCGUCUGCACGCUGUUCAACCUCGUCUCCCGAGGAGAAGAUUCAGCGCCAAACACAAACUACCAAAUCUAGACAUUGGGGAAACACGUUCUCGACUUAACUCGGUAACUUCAAGCAAAACAAGCAAGAAAACUAUGAACUCGGAAGUUGUGUUACUUAGCCACAACGAAGUAUGA